CUGGGGCCUCUGGAAAUGCAUGGCACGCUCCGCCCGGAUCCGGCUUGGGCUCCCAAAUCCCGGGGCCCGCCAGCGCCCAGCGGCCAAGGCCGGGACAGCCGUGGCGCCGGCUUGUCGGGUCCAAUGGCGCGGCCUUCGGCUCCGCUCCCCGCGCGGGGACCAGGAGAGGCCGGACCCGGCCGGAGAAGGGGAAGGAGGCCGAGGGCGGUGAAGUUCGGGGACGUGGCCGUGUACUUCUCCCCGGAGGAGUGGGAGUGUCUGUGGCCCGCGCAGAGGGCCCUGUACCGGGACGUGAUGCAGGAGACUUACGGCCACCUGGGCGCGCUCGGGUGCGCAGGUCCCAAACCAACCCUCAUCUCCUGGUUGGAACGAAAUACCGAUGAUUGGGAACCGGCUGCUCUGGAUCCACAGGAGUGCCCAAGGAGGGUAACAGUCCAAAGAAAAACCAGAACCAGAAAGAAGAAUGAAGAGAAGGAAGUAUUCCCGCCUAAGGAGGCACCCCGAAAGGGGAAGCGAGGCCGCCGGCCCAGCAAACCCCGCCUGAUCCCCAGGCAAACAUCCGGAGGUCCCAUCUGCCCUGACUGUGGUUGUACCUUUCCCGAUCACCCGGCUCUGCAGAGCCACAAGUGUGCCCAGAAUCUGAAAAAGCCUUACCCUUGCCCAGACUGUGGGCGCCGCUUUUCCUACCCAUCCCUGCUGGUCAGUCACCGGCGGGCACACUCUGGGGAGUGUCCCUACGUUUGUGACCAGUGUGGCAAGCGGUUCUCCCAGCGCAAGAACCUCUCCCAGCACCAGGUUAUCCACACAGGCGAGAAGCCCUACCACUGUCCUGACUGUGGCCGCUGUUUCCGGAGGAGCAGGUCCUUGGCCAAUCACCGGACCACACACACGGGUGAAAAACCCCACCAGUGCCCCAGCUGCGGGCGUCGCUUCGCCUACCCCUCCCUGCUCGCCAUCCACCAGCGCACACACACCGGAGAGAAGCCCUACACCUGCCUGGAAUGCAGCCGGCGCUUCCGCCAGCGCACCGCCCUGGUCAUCCACCAGCGCAUCCACACGGGCGAGAAGCCCUACCCGUGCCCGGACUGCGAGCGGCGCUUCUCCUCCUCCUCUCGUCUGGUCAGUCACCGGCGGGUGCACUCCGGAGAGCGUCCCUACGCCUGCGAGCACUGCGAGGCCCGCUUCUCCCAGCGCAGCACGCUGCUCCAGCACCAGCUCUUGCACACGGGAGAGAAGCCCUAUCCCUGCCCGGACUGCGGACGUGCCUUCCGGCGGAGUGGUUCCCUCGCCAUACACCGCAGCACGCACACCGAGGAGAAACUGCACGCGUGUGACGACUGUGGCCGCCGCUUCGCCUACCCCUCACUGCUGGCCAGUCACCGGCGCGUCCACUCGGGCGAGCGGCCCUAUGCCUGCGACCUGUGCUCCAAGCGGUUCGCCCAGUGGAGCCACCUGGCUCAGCACCAGCUCCUGCACACCGGGGAGAAGCCCUUCCCCUGCCUCGAGUGUGGCCGUUGCUUCCGCCAGAGGUGGUCUCUGGCCGUCCACAAGUGUAGCCCUGGGGUCCAGAACUGUAGCCCUAGAUCUGCUAUAGGGGUGCCUAGCCAGAAAGGCAACCGACCGGCGCUGUCCAAUCAACGCACGCUCUCUCUCUACGGUUACGCCGUGGAGUCCAACCUCCCUUCCGAUUUGCCCCUUGGCAUGGAAGGGCAGAUAAGAAAGAAGGCCCUGAACCGGGACGUGACGCGGGAGACCUAUGGCUUCCUGGGCGCGCUCGGUGAGGUCCGGCGGCCCAGCCAGGACCCAGUAAUCUGUGGGAAGCGGGGACUGAUGCGCCCAGGGGCGAUGGGCUGGAAGUGUGGAGUGGAAAGAGAGGUGGAGGCGUGGAGCCCAGAGGCCCAGGAUCCAGAUCUCUGCAGCUGGUUUGGCCAGGUGUGUGCGUCUUCCCGCAGGGGCCAGAGACCGGCUUGCGGAUCCUGCUGCCGGGACGCGCAGAAGGAGACCAUCGAGUUCAAAGUCCCGAGCUCCACAAACGCCGAGAUCGUUGCUGGGUUCCAGAUCCCGCCUACAGAGACUUCCGCACUAAACACCGAGGGUGUUUAUUUGUCCCCAUCAGAAUCCCGAAUCCCAAACAGCCAACCCUGCUACUUCGGUUCCCUUCGGCUGAGUUCGGAGGCCAAGACUGGGCGGGGCCCCGGGCUCGGGAGCCCUUCCUGUGGACGACGAGAGCUGAGGCCAGGCGCGGGGAGCAGGCGGCCGCUGCUCUGGGCUGGAGGCCACAUGGCGCCGCCCCCGGCCCCGCUCCUGGUGCUGAGACCGGGGGAGACCGGGCCUAGUUGCAAGAAGCCUGCGGCCAUGAGCUUCGCGGAUGUGGCCGUGUACUUCUCCCCGGAGGAGUGGGGGUGUCUGCGGCCCGCGCAGAGGGCCCUGUACCGGGACGUGAUGCGGGAGACCUACGGCCACCUGGACGCGCUCGGAUUCCCAGGCCCCAAACCAGCCCUCAUCUCUUGGAUGGAACAGGAGAGUGAGGCUUGGAGCCCCGCCGCCCAGGAUCCUGAGGAGGGGGAAAGCCUGGGAGGAGCUCUGAGAGGAGAUGCCCCAAACAAAAAGGAAGAGGAACCCAAGACAGGGCCAGGAGCCAAAGGAUCCGAAAAGACUCCUAGGAAGGAGAGGCCUGAAGAGCUGGUUAAAAACAACCUUGACUCAACCAUCAGCAAGACCUCGGCAAGAGCAGAGCCACCCAGCAAAGCUGCCUGUGACCAGAGUGCAGGUGCGCAGCCCCCGGCCCUGGUGCCCAGUGUAGAUGCUCAGACCAGCCAGCGGCGCCACGUGUGUGCAGACUGCGGCCGCCGCUUCACCUAUCCCUCGCUGCUGGUCAGCCACCGGCGCAUGCAUUCGGGUGAGCGGCCCUUCCCCUGCCCCGAGUGUGGCAUGCGCUUCAAGAGGAAGUUUGCCGUGGAAGCGCACCAGUGGAUCCACCGCUCCUGCUCUGGGGGCCGGCGGGGCCGGAGGCCCGGAAUCCGGGCUGUGCCUCGGGCCCCAGUCCGAGGUGACCGGGACCCGCCGGUGCUGUUCCGGCACUACCCGGACAUCUUUAAAGAGUGCGGGUGAGCGGCUCCCCCUGGCUGGGCUUGAGCCUGACCUCAGCGCUAAGGACUAACUGGGCCCUGAGGGAGGCUCCUGAGUCAGGAAUUUGGGACCCAAAAUUCAUCCCUUGGUUUUCCCUCAAGGAUCCCUCUAGUUUCCAAACCUGUAAAAAUAAAAGUGCCUGUAAAGAUUCAGAGAUUAAACUUGACACCUCCUCUCCCUAGUCUUUCUUAAAAAAUGAAGAGAGUGACAUGCUGGAUUUUUCUCAAAGUGUUAUCUCAGUAGCAGGUGCAGCCAAGAUCAUGUGCAAACACUGUCUCCAAAAAAAAUCCCCGCUGCUUAUCUGCAGCAGAGGUAAAUGCUCUGGGGGACUAAGGCCGAGGAGGAGGCCUCAGAUGUAGGGCAUGGUCUAGUCGCGGGUAACUGACAUCAACAGGAGGCUCAGGCAGUGGAGUGGGUGGAAAGAAUACAGAAACACCGGGUGCAGACCUAGUCUCUGCAACUUGCCCCCAAGGCGUAGCUGUUAAGUCACAUGCUUUCCCUGAGCCUCAGCUCCUUCAUCUGUAAAAUGAGGAUCAAUAAUAUCUACCUCGGGCUUCCCUGGUGGUGCAGUGGUUGAGAGUCCGCCUGCCAAUGCAGGGGACAUGGGUUCGUGCCCCGGUCCGGGAAGAUCCCACAUGCCGCGGAGCGGCUGGGCCCGUGAGCCAUGGCCGCUGAGCCUGCGCGUCCGGAGCCUGUGCUCUGCAACGGGAGAAGCCACAGCAGUGAGAGGCCCGCGUACC